AUGGAGGUAGUAGUAGCGGCAGUCGCCUGGGCACUAUCGGCUGUCUGUGGAAGCUUCCCACCUUCCAACACCCUCGGUCUUUGUGGGGGGAAACCUAUCGAAUCCCUUCUGCGUGGAAAGCUCUCCGCUGGCGCUCAGAUCUACCUUUCAGGAUCUGAUGGCUAUGCCAAAGCCACGAAUCGAUGGUCUGUACUGGACGCCCCGACUACGAAUAUAGUGGUUGUCCCCAGCGUCGCUAAUGACGUAUCCGAGAUUGUCAAGGUAGCUAACUCGAUGAAUGUUCCUUACCUGGCCGUCAAUGGUGGCCAUGGGGCAAUCACAACAGUCGGGAAGAUGAAAGGCGGAAUCGAGAUUUGGAUGGAUAGUUUGAAUAGUGUUAAACUAUCCAAAGAUGGCAAGACUGCCACGUUCGGUGGAGGCAUCUUAUCGAAGGCAGUGACGGAUAGUCUCUGGACUCUAGGGAAACAGACAGUGACUGGCGGAUGUGAGUGCACUAGCCUCCUCGGCCCAGGCCUUGGCGGCGGUCACGGUUUCAUGCAAGGGAGACACGGGCUCAUCGCUGACCAGUUCGUCUCUAUGGACAUCGUUCUGGCAAGCGGAAAAUUGCAAACCUUUAACGCAAGCUCUGAUCUCUGGUGGGCAUUGCAAGGUGCUGGCCACAACUUCGGGAUCGUCACGGCCGUGACUUCAAAGGUGUAUGACAUCGAACAUCCGGAUUGGGCGUAUGUCAGUUUUCUCUACACUGGAGAUAAGGUUGAGGCGUUAUAUCGAUCAAUCAAUAAGUACUUGCUUCAGGAUGGAGCACAGCCUGUCCACAUCAUCAAUUACUCGUUCUUCUUUAACGACCCUAGUCUUGACCCUCACAAGCCCGUCAUUAUGUUCUACAUCCUUCAGGAAGGAGCUUCUGCUGUUGAUACAGUUUAUACUCAACCAUUUAUCGACAUUGGACCUCUCAUGACUAAUGCCGCCGGUGGUUCUUAUAAGGAUUUACCCGAGUGGACUGGCAACGCGAAUGAUUCCCCUCCAUGUCAGAAAUCCGGGCUAGUUAACAUCCGCUUCCCUAUCGAUCUUCAAGUGUAUAAUGUCCAGGCACAGCGAAAAGUCUACGACCUCUUCGCAUCUGCUACCCAAGAAACCCCAGCACUGAACGGAUCCCUCUUCCUUUUCGAAGGCUAUUCAACCCAAGGUGUCAAAAAGGUUCCUCACCGAAGCACUGCAUACCCGAAUAGACCGGCCAAUCUCCUUGUCGCUCCUUUAUUGACCUACCCGCCAGGGGGUAAAAAACUUGACCGAACAGCAGCGAAAUUAGGUGAGAGUCUUCGCACGAUACUGUACGAAGCAAGCGGGCUGAAGGAGAAGUAUACAUAUGUGAACUAUGCUUUUGGGGAUGAGACAAAGCAAAACUGGUAUGGGUACGAGAGCUGGCGCCAGGAUCGGUUGAAGGCCUUGAAACACAAGUACGACCCUCUUGGAAAAUUCAGCUACUAUGCCCCAAUCGCGUAG